CUCCUCACAAAUUACAGCCUCAGCUGCAGCACAUCCAUUAGUCUGGAAGAAUGAAGAUUCCCAAGCGGCCCUGGUGCCUUUCCCAAUUCCCUUGCGACCCACCAAUCCUCUCAGCGCUUUCUCUGCAUGUAGGGAGUGUUCAGAGCUAAUCAGGUCAAUGAUCAUCUCACGGCUCAGGGGACAUGACAGGAGCCUAUCACAGCACUUACAGGAUCUUCCAGACCUGAGCACGCUUGCUGAGAAUCUCGUGUUAAGAAACAUUGCUUUGGUGCCUCUUCUCUCACUCCCUACGAGCCUCUGAGGAUUUCAGCUGAUCUCUCUCUCUCUCUCCUCUAGACAGUGAGGAGUUCACUGAAAAAAAAGGCAGAGCAGCAUGCGGAUAGCCGGAGGGUGUUGAUUGAAACUUAGAUUCUCCCCGAUCGCUGUUGAUUGGACUGAUGCUCCAGCAUUACCAGAGAAAAGAUUUCAAUUAAGGUCCCUAUAGAUGGAAUUUACUGCAGCAAAUACCUUGUCAUCAGAAGGAUUAAUGCCUGCAUUAGCAUUUCUGCAAUAAAAUCAGAAGCUAAGUGGUGAAGGCCACAGACACCUCAAACCUGGAUUCCUCUGCUCUGCAUUAAGUGCUGGAGUUUUUAUUACUUGCGGUAGGGAAGCCUUUGCCAAUGCUCACAAGGAACUGCUUAUCCCUGCUUCUCUGGGUCCUGUUUGAUGGAGGUCUCCUAACACCACUGCAUACACAACCACAAGAGAUUUUAGAAGCACAGCCAAGAGAAGAUGCUGUCCCAGUGCCAGGGAGGAGAUCAUCUGCCCAGCGAGUCAAACGAGGCUGGGUGUGGAAUCAAUUUUUUGUGCUGGAGGAGUACAUGGGCUCUGAACCUCAGUAUGUGGGAAAGCUUCAUUCUGACUUGGACAAGGGAGUCGGCACUGUUAAAUAUACCCUUUCAGGAGACGGUGCUGGCACGGUUUUUACCAUUGAUGAGACCACGGGAGACAUUCAUGCCAUAAGGAGCCUAGAUCGAGAAGAAAAACCUUUCUACACACUCCGAGCUCAGGCUGUGGAUGUUGACACCAAGAAACCACUAGAGCCUGAAUCAGAGUUCAUCAUCAAAGUGCAGGACAUUAAUGAUAAUGAGCCAAAGUUUCUGGAUGGGCCUUAUGUUGCCAGUGUCCCAGAAAUGUCUCCAGUAGGAGCAUAUGUGCUUCAAGUAAAAGCGACAGAUGCUGAUGAUCCCACUUAUGGAAACAGUGCUAGAGUGGUUUACAGCAUUCUUCAGGGGCAACCAUAUUUCUCCAUUGAUCCCAAGACAGGUGUAAUAAGAACAGCUUUGCCAAAUAUGGACAGAGAAGUGAAAGAACAAUAUCAAGUUCUAAUCCAGGCCAAGGACAUGGGAGGACAGCUGGGAGGACUAGCUGGUACUACCACUGUAAACAUUACUCUCACGGAUGUCAACGACAACCCGCCCAGAUUUCCUAAGAGUAUCUUCCAUUUAAAAGUACCUGAGACCUCUCACAUUGGUUCUGCUAUUGGACGGAUCAGAGCUGUGGACCCUGAUUUUGGGAAAAAUGCAGAAAUUGAGUACAACAUAGUUCCAGGAGAUGGAGGAAACUUGUUUGACAUCACGACAGAUGAGUACACCCAGGAAGGAGUUAUUAAACUGAAAAAGCCAUUAGACUUUGAAACAAAGAAGGCAUACACCUUUAAGGUGGAGGCCUCUAAUCUCCAUCUUGACCAUCGAUUUCACUCAGUGGGUCCAUUCAAAGAUACUGCCACUGUGAAGAUAAAUGUAUUGGACAUGGAUGAACCUCCAGUGUUCAGCAAGCCCAUGUACACGAUGGAAGUCUAUGAGGAUACACCCGUGGGGACCAUUAUAGGUGCAGUGACAGCACAAGACCUUGAUGCUGGCAGCAGCUCAGUUAGAUACUUCAUGGAUUGGAAGAACGAUGUGGACAGCUACUUUACAAUAGACGCUACUGAAGGAACCAUUGCUACAAAUGAAUUACUGGACAGAGAAAGCACAGCACAAUACAAUUUGUCUAUAAUUGCAAGUAAAGUUAGUAACCCACUAUUAACCAGCAAAGUCAAUGUUAUAAUAAAUGUUUUGGAUGUCAACGAGUUUCCUCCUGAAAUUUCAGUUCCAUAUGAGACAUCUGUAUGUGAAAAUGCCAAGCCAGGACAGGUGAUACAGACCAUCACAGCAGCAGAUAAAGAUUUGUCACCAGCUGGGCAAAGGUUUUCCUUCAAACUGUCAUCUGAGGCUUCCAACAAACCAAACUUCACAGUCCAUGACUACAGAAACAAUACAGCUGGGAUUGAAACCAGAAGAAAUGGCUACAGCAGAAGGCAGCAAGAGCUGUACUUUCUUCCAAUAGUAAUAGAAGACAGCAGUUACCCUGUCCAGAGCAGCACAAACACUUUGACUAUCCGUGUUUGCCGAUGUGAUUCUGACGGCACCAUCCAGUCCUGCAACGUAGAAGCAAUCUUCUUACCAGUCGGCCUCAGCACAGGAGCUUUGAUUGCAAUCUUGUUGUGUAUUGUCAUACUUCUAGUCAUUGUGGUACUGUAUGUAGCACUACGGAGGCAGAAGAAAAAGGACACCCUGAUGACCUCUAAAGAAGACAUCAGAGAUAAUGUUAUCCACUAUGAUGAUGAAGGAGGUGGAGAAGAGGACACCCAGGCUUUUGACAUAGGUGCCCUGAGGAAUCCCAAAGUGAUUGAAGAUAACAAAAUACGCAGGGACAUAAAACCAGACACCUUGCGUUUUACGCGCCACAGACCACCAGCAGAAGAUAACACAGACAUAAGAGAUUUCAUUAAUCAAAGGCUGCAGGAAAAUGAUGUAGAUCCAUCUGCACCCCCUUAUGACUCCUUGGCAACUUAUGCUUAUGAAGGCAAUGGAUCUGUUGCAGAGUCUCUCAGCUCUAUAGACUCUCUCACUACAGAGGCAGAUCAGGAUUAUGACUAUCUGAGUGACUGGGGACCUCGCUUUAAGAUCUUGGCAGAUAUGUUUGGAGAAGAAAGUUAUAACCCUGACAAAGUCACUUAAGUACAACUACAACAGUGAAACAAAAAGAAAAGCAAACCAACCACAAAUUUAAAAGAUAAACCUAAGCUUUAUAUAAGACACAAUUACUUUGAUUAUAAAAGACAGCAAUUGUUUCCAGCAAGUUACUACAUUUAUCAUACCGUCAGUUUUGGUUUGAUUUGUGAAAGAAUGAUAAAUCCUGUAACAUACACAGGUUUCUGUUGUUGUUAUUUUGUUACUCUGGAAUUACACUGAGACAAGCUCAGGCCUACAAGGUGCAGUUUACUGACCUGACUUAGAAAGAAGGUAACUUUCUGGCAUCACGGUGGAAGAGUGGUAGCUUUUUCGUAAUUCCACUAAAGUGCCUAUUGAAACUUUUAUCAUUUAAGUGGUAAACUGUCUGCUGUGAUGGUGUUACAAAACUGAAUCGUAAAUCAGACACGAACUUUAAGACAAGAAGCAAUAGCAACAUGCUGACUUCUUUUAGAAAAAAAUGGAGAUCACUUCAUGGAGUAUCUAAUGACUAGAACUGUGGGGGAGGAGGGGGGUGUGUACAUUGUGUUUGGGGGUUAUGUUUGUUGUCUUUUUUUUAAAGAAAACAGUAUGUUGAGACAUCAUAUUUCCUCUUCCAAAGCUUCACUGAAAAUUUAAAUUUAAAAUGCUAUUGCUCACUCUGAAGAUGUAAAGCCCAAAUUAAAAAGGAAAAGAUCUUAGCAUACAUCAAUGAAUAUUUAAAAUGUUCAUAGAAAUACUACAUUUUUCCAAAAUAAUAAAAAGAUUGAAGCAGCUAUUCCUUGAUGUGAAGGAAAUUUCCCUUGUCUCUCCCUCUUCUUUUGAAAUGAGACUAUUAUUAGAAUGUAAAACUGGAGAGGGUUUUAAAGACUAUUAUUGUCUUUUUAGUACCAAGACACCUUUUCCAUUGCACGUAUCACUAAAGAAGUCCAUCACUAAAGCACUCCAUACCACUUUUCUUUGCAGUUAGAUUCUUACUCUGCAGGCACCAUAAGCAUAUAUAUUAUAAAAAUAGUUAUUUUUCCAUUGAUCAUCUGAUACAGUUCAGCAUAUCACUGUAUUUCACUGCCACACCCACAGGAAACAUUUUAGAAGACCUUUUGAGGUUGGACACUUUCUUAAUUUUGUUCUUGACAAAACCGAAACAGAAGCAGAAUAAAUAUAUAAACCAGCACUUUUGUCCACGCUUUAUGUACAUACCCAUGUAUAAAUGUAGCUGUGCAGAUGACAGAAGUUCAGAUAUGCACAAGGCAUUAUGUCUUGGAAGAUGUCUUGCAAAACUAUUUUAUGUGACUUCUUCUGAUGAUCUAAGGCAUAGACAUUUUGUAAGACAGUGGUUUAUGGCUCCCAAAGUGCAUAUAUCUUUACAUUCUCCUUCCAAAGUCUCUGCAGUGCUAUACAAUCUGUUAGAGCUCUACUCAUGAUUAAUGGCACUGCCAAGGUUAGCCUGGGUCUUUCUUGAACCAGAAGUCUUUUAUUCAUCUCAGGUCUAUAGCUUACUUUUUGUAUAGCUAAAGAAUUAAUAACUAUCAGAUUUACUUAGCUCACAAGUCUGAUAACAUGCACAAGUUUCCCUUUACGCUCUGGAGGAAAUGUAAAGAUAUUUCAACUUUUUAUACAUUAAUCUCUCAAUGACACUUUGAAAGAUGCAUAUAAUCAAUGAGUUUUGGAUCAUUCAAUACAAUUGGACAGGUCUGCAUCGAAAGCACAAUUGGCAUAGCUUCUACCAGCAGCGUGCUGAGGAAGAGACACAACAUACAGCAACAAGGAAAUUUUGUGGUUUUUAUUCUUUUCAGGAAAGGUAUCCUACAUUCCCUAAAGAAUGGCUAAACCAAUAAAAGUUCUCUCCUCACAAGACAGGGAAGCAGUUGAAGCGAUGGAACCCAUUUGACAGCACAGAAAUUUUCAUGUGAAAUUUUCAUGUAAAAUUUUUCAUGUUUUAAGUUUUCACACAUCUUGACAGUAUAUCAAAUGCAACUUGAUACUGCACAGUGGGCCUAAAACAGAGCAUUGGAUAUAAAAAAGGAGAAAUAUUUAUAAUUUAUACUAGUCACAACUUAGACUUGAUUCAUACAAGACUCACACCUAAUUAGCAAAGCUUCCUCAUGAAGCAUGUGCACAGCAGUGCUUCCUACCCUGUUGCCACAAAUGAAACAAAUAUCUGACUCUGCUCAUUUUCAGAUGUGCAGUCCUGUAGCCAAACUCUGCUCCUAGUGACUGUGUUAGUCCUUUAUAUGCCUUUCACUGGUAAAAUCAGCGUAGGUGAGGGCAGGGUUUGACUUUUUGCCACCAUGAGGCAUGCUCACUCCUGAGGAAAUUCUCUGUAUUUGUAGAGCAUACUGGCUGAAUUUUAGUUGUCUUGAAUAGGUAGGCAUUUGUUCUAAGCUGGACGGUCUGUAUGUGAGCCUGACUUACAAAAUGGGUAGACAGAAAAUGUGAUCUUUAACAUGCUGCUACAGACAAUCUGUAUGCAACAGUGAGUGGCUGUAUGUUAAAUUAAUACCAAAUCGAAUAUCAAGUGUAUAUUUUUGACAUUUAAGAUAUUUUUAGCUGAGAUGUUGCCAUCACAUAAUUAAUACAUGUCCAGGAAGAUUUUAGGAAAAAAAAAACAAAAAACCAACAACAAAAAACCCCAAACAUAUUAUGUUAUUGCUGACAAAAUUGCCCUAAAAAUAUAUAAUUGAAAUAUUUGAAGACCAUUUUUGAAGAGUGAUCAAACAAUUUUAACAUAGUAGGGGAAUUUUUUGUAAACAGUUUUGUAGAACUAAAGAAAGGAAUUGCUUUUCAUUUAUUCAUAACCUGGGAUUCAGGGAAUUUGUGUUUAAUUCCCUGCUCUUUCACUCUCCUUCAAAAAGAUGCUUGUCAGCAUCUUAUUUUUAACAUCUUAUUUUUUAAAAGAUAAUUAGAGAAAUAUGAAAUUCACAAGAAUUAAAAUAUGUCAAGGCAUCAGAGAUGAUAUGAAGUCAGUAGGAUUAGGGAGCCUCAGUGCACAUGUAAAUUUUAUCAGUUAAAUAUUUCUGGUUUUACACACUAUAUUUUAAAAACAUUCUCUACAAAUCCUUGCACAGUCAAGAUGUUAAAGUGGAUGUCACUCUUUCUGCCAAAACCUCAAAUGCUGUCAGUGUCAAGAACCUAAGAAAAUGUAUAAAAAGCAUAGAAUUGAGAGAAUGUUCUUGUUUUAAUUUCCAAGAACGGGAUACUAGUCCAUAAUUUAACAUCACCUCAAAUGUCACCACAGUGCACCAGCUGCAAAUCACAAUAUUCUGCAAAACACUUUCUGCAUAUGAACUAAUCGAAAUACUUCACUGGCACAAACAAUUCCACCUUUUAAAUUAAAUAUUUAUGACAUAUACUAUUGGUGUUGAAAUAAAAAGAUAAGUGUAAAGCAUCGUCUAAGAGUGGAAACAUCUAAGGAAAAUUAACUAUUAAACUUACAUUGUAGACAUACAUAAUUGAAGACAAAUGUAAAGAAGAACAUCUGUAAGGAAUUUCAGGGAAGAAGGAAAAAAUCUUCCCUGCCCUCUCAAGAAAACUGAAAAUGUCAAUACUUAGGGAAGUUCAUACAAUUUCUCCCUGAGAGUCAGAAUGUAAAAAAUUGCUAAUAUUUGUAUUUAAGACCUCUACCAUACAAAUCGGAAAUUACUACUAUUCUCAUAACACAUUACUACUAUUCUCAUAAUCACAGUGAGUCAAAGGGCAAGGAUUUGGAAAGCAAUGACACUAGAUUAUGUCUCCUGCAUAAAGAUAUGGUUGAAUAUUUUAUAUUUAUAUGAUUUUUACUUAUAUAUUUGCUAAAUUUCGCUGUUCAAAAUACAAUCACAGUUACUCAGGAUUUACUCUAGGUUUUAGAAGCAGAAUUCAUUUUGAAGCAAAGACCAACAAAUUACUUAAUAGUUUAUUAAUAAUAUUGUUCCAGAGAUUACCUUCAAAGUAUUCUUGCCUUAACUAUACAGAUAGUAAGAUAUAAGAUUUUAAGAUAAUACAGAUAAUAAGAUAUCCACAUGCAAAUAGCUUAUCCUUUUAAACAGCUAAAAAUUUGGUUCUGCAGAUGACAUAUUCAUACUAGGUUUAUCUCCAUUAUUGAUGUGAGAGUUAUUAAGACUGUUGCUAUGGAAUAACAGAUCUCUACUGGACGAAUACAGGUAGAAAAGGUAAUAAUUCAUUGGGUUAAAGGUAUUUAAUAUUACAUUAUUGACUGUAUUUUACUUGAUGAGACUUUGAGGUUGUACUGCUUUUACAGUUAUAUUAUUGCUUUUAUUAUUAUGAUUGUUACUAGCAUAGACAUUCAAAUCUUGUGUGUAUAAAAACAUAUUCGAGCUUUGAAAAACUUCAUGAAAGCAAAUAAUGAAAUGACCCCCAAUAAUAACCCUACUGAGAUGACAUCUAAGUGUGAAUGAAAAUCAAAUUUUCUAUUACACUCAUUCACACCCUUUUUGCAAUGCAAAAUCUAUAAUAACCUGGAUCCUUUUCUGUUCUUAUUAAAAUGAAGAAUCAGAUAAGUUUUCAGAACACCAGCAACCAUUUCUAUUUUGAGCAAACUAAGCUAAGUUCCUCGGGUUUUUUUUGAUGGGCCUUUGGAGUGUUUUUUAACCUAUUUUAUUUUAAAAGCUUUUUUAUUCAAUUCUAGUUUUCAACUAAAAUCUUCAGGUGAUGUUGGGUUUUUUUAAAAUCUUACUUUCAUGCCUAUUUUUCCAAUCAAAUUGCUUCCCAGGACUCAGGGAAGUCUUAUCAAUGUAUAUAAAUACCUGAUGGCUGGAAGUAAAUAAGGUGAAGCAAGAUGUUUCUCAGUGGUGCCCAGUGGCAGGACAAGAGUUAAUGGACUUAAAUUGAAAUGCAUGAAAUUCCAUUAAAAUGCAAGAAAAAGGUGCUUUACUGUCAGGCUGUUGAACAGUUGAUCAUGUUGCCCAGAGAAGUUGUCAUGUGUCCAGCCUUGGAGAUCUCCAAAACCUAGCUGGAUUUUUUUCCUGAGAAACCUGCUGUAAUUAACCCUACUGUAAGCAGGGAGUCUGAAUUAGAUAAUCUCCAGAGGCAUCUUCCAGCCUCAUCCAUUCUGUAACUUGUGAUAAAAUCAGACUCCUUAGCACUAGUAAGCUCAAUAACACUAGGGACCUAACUUCAUAAUCUGAGUAGAAUCACAGAAUCACACAAUGGUUUGUGUUGGAAAGGGACCUUAAAGACCAUCUAGUUCAAAUCCCCCUGACACGGGCAGGGAGACCUCCCACUAGAUGAGGUUUCUCAAAGCUCCAUCUAUAGUAACUAUAAAUUGUUUCAGAGACACAGCUGAGAUAGGAGUGAAGGAAAAGAGUAGCAAUCUAUACAGUUACUAGCAAUGAGGAUAGGGUGGAAAGGCAUAAAUUAUUUACUGUAAUUUCCAGUACAAGAAGUAAGGGGCAUCACAUGAAACCAGUAGAUGUAAGGGUGAAACUAAAAAAACCCAGAUGUUGUUCUUUGAGUGAUGACUAGCUGAGAGAGUCAUGGACACUCAGAAUUUACACAGGCUGAAAAAGAGGCUGGACAAACCCUAAAAACUGAUAGUUUGCGGGUCUCUUAAUACAUAGGAAUCACAUCUGGCUGAAUGUGUUCUUGAAUGGUGCUUGAUCAGCAUCUGGGAAGUCACAUAACCUGGUUGGUUUCUGGAUGUUUUGGUGGGAUCUCAACCUCUUCCAGCGCCGAUUUAAAGUUUACUACUCAAGUUUGACUGACUUAUUUUCUUAUUAUGAUUUUAUUGUAAAUUUACCUGAUCUUCAUAUCAACAUUCCCUCAGUUCUAAUUUUCCAGAUAACAUAGAUAAAACCAGCUUUUCUUACUUAUUAUAUAUCACAUGCUUAUAUGCAUACAUAUUUUAUUAUUUCCCCCAGAUUUUAACAUUUUAAUUUCUGUAUUUCCUUCAAUUCUGCACAUUUUAUAUAGAUCUUAUACUCUUCUGUCUUUAACAGGGACACUAACAUUGAUUGCUGUUAGGGCAGAUGACAAAGUUUGGCUUAGUCUUUUUUUUUUAAAAAAAAAAAAAAUCUUACUACAUAAGAUAACUUCUCCAAUACAUGUCCUCUUUUGCAUGUGUUUCACUUUGUUAGAUGUCUUGGUUACUUCCCUGUAUUCCAAGAACACCUGAAGAAGAGAGGGGAGAAUGAGGUGACUGAAAAGGGGCCAAUAUUAGUCCACUACUCUGGAAUGCAGACUACUGCUCUCUUGCUAUGUGUUGUAACGUUAGAGGUGAUUCAUUGUUUUCAAAUGUUGAACAUUCUGCAUUUAUAAUCAAAUGCAUGUUUUUCUACUGUAUGGCUCUGUCCAAAAGGACAAUUCAAGAAGCAUACACAAAAAAGUGUAUGGUGAGGAAAUGAAAUCAUAUUAAGAGGGAUCACAAAUAAAUAUGCCUUAAAAGUU